AUGUACACCAUCGUUCUGCUCACCAUCACUGCAGUUGCAGGAGCUACAGGUACUUCUGACAUGUCAGCGACAGUAGGUAACAGCUGUGUGCUCACCUGCCCUUCCAAACCAAAUAUAACUAUGGUAACAUGGAAAAUAAGCCCCAAGGUUGGAGGCUCCUGCACCUUGGGCUACAGGGCUGAUCAGAACAAGACAGACAGAACAAACUGCAAUGACAGCAUGAACUGGAAAUUCAGACCAGAUCAGGAUUCUGCCCUUGAGAUAUGGCAAGUAGGAAUAGACCAUGAGGGAAACUACGCCUGUGAAGCAGUAGCAACAGAAGGGAAUUUCCACACGACGUACUACCUGACCGUGCUAGUGCCCCCAAGGCUGACCAUGUACUGUGAUGACCACGGGAACCCUGUGUGCAAGGCAAUGGUGGGGAAGCCGGCUGCCCAGAUCUUGUGGGUCCUAGAGAGCAACUCCACCCCCAAGGAAGAGGGCCAUGACAACGGGACAGUGACUGUUCUCAGCACGUUCACCGCAUACAGCACCAACGUGACUAAGACAACCUGCAUUGUGUCCCACCCAGCUGGGAACCAGAGCAUGACCAUAGCCUGUAAUAGUACAUGGCUUCUCCACUGUGUCGUCAGCCUUGCUAGUUUCCUCGGCCUCCUGUUCCUGCUUGCUGUACUUCAUUGCUACACCUUCUGUGAUAGCAAAACAAUGAGAAGCCAGUACAAGCCAAGGAAUCUUCCAUCUGCAGAGCUGUCUGGGCCUAAUUCUAACUCAGCACCUGAGCAGAGAUGA